CACACUUCUUGUUUCUAUGCCCUGCUACGCCAGUAAGUUGACUCACUGUACAAUACCUCUCUCCUUCACUCUACUGCAGGGUGGGAGAUGCAACAAUGGCCUUGAGAACAGCAGGAAGUGUGUUGGUGGUCUUUCUCUGGUCUGUAGCAGUUGUACUGGGUCAGGAUGGCUGGAGUGUUACAUACACCACUCAGAGUAUCUGUACCUUGAAGGGGUCAACAGUGGAGAUGUCCUGCUCUUACACAUAUCCCAGUGGUACAGUCACAAAAACCUUCUGGUUCACUGAAAAUGAUGCUGAGGGGAAUCCUGUGAGUCUGAGUGAUGACGCAGACUAUAAAGGUCGUGUGACGUAUCAUAAAGAUAACAAGAAUGACUGCACUCUGACAAUCACAGACCUGAGAGAGAGUGACUCAGCUACGUACAAGUUCAGAUUUAUAACAGAUCAGACCGGAGGGAGAUUUACUGGCAACCCUGGAGUCACUCUGUCUGUCACAGACCUGCAGGUGAAGGUGACUCCUUAUUCAGUUUUAUCAGCGUGGAAGACACUGACCUGCACCACCUGUGUUCUGACUGGUAACCCCACCUACAUCUGGUACAAGAACGGACAGAUAGUAACUGACAACACUUCCCCCUAUUCAGUCUACCCUGAUGCUGCAGACAGCUACUCCUGUGCUGUACAAUCCAAUGAGGCUCUUCACUCUCCUGCAGUGUGUGUUCAGGAUCAGAGCUGCAACAGAGUAACUUAUACUGACAAGAGUAUCUGUGCCUUGAAGGGGUCAUCAGUGGACAUAUCCGGUAUUUAUUCCAGUCAUCAUCCGAUCAAAACAACAUUCUGGUUUAGAAGUGAUAAGUCAGCCCCUGAGGACCUAACCAGAGACCCAGAGUAUGCAGGUCGGGCCCUGGAGAGCCUUCCCUCCACCCUGAGAAUCACAGAUCUGAGAGAGAGCGACUCAGCUGAGUAUAAAUUCAUAUUCAACACAGAAACCUCAGGAUGGGGAUACAGCUUCCCUGGAACAACUCUGACUGUCACAGACCUGCAGGUGAAGGUGACUCCUGCUACAGAGGGACAGAGGACAUUGACCUGUAGCACCACCUGCAGUCUGACUGACAACCCCAACCCCACCUACAUCUGGUACAAGAACGGACAACGUCUAGAUGAGCCCACAUCCCUGCAAUACUCUGUCAAUAAUUCUUAUUCAGACAGUUACUCCUGUGCUGUAAAAGGCCAUGAGGAUAUCCAAGCUCCUGCAGUGUGUGAGUGUGAAUGCAAUUAGUUCUCUACUUAACAAGUAUCAAUCAUUUAAGGCCAACGAGAAGGGACACAUUACAUAGAAAUGACAACGUCAUACACUCUUAGAAAAUAAGGAUACAGUAUUUUUCCCUGGGGUACAAAAAUAUAAAAAUACACAUCAUGUACCUUCAAAGGUACACAUAAUAAUCUCACAUGGUACUGUUAGGUGCCUAUUAGGGUACAUGUGAGGAUAAAGAGUUGAAUGAUACAUCUUUGUACCCCAUAUUUUAAAUAUAAAGGUACAAUAAUCGGUAAAACUUUACUUGAUAAAAAAAUCAAUGUUGACCAUAUUAAAUUAUCAUUGUAAUUGCGCACCUAUUGAUGUCAGACAUGCACCCAACCCAAUGCUCUGUUGCUGAUGACUGGGAUGAAUGCAGGAGCAGAUUUCAGGAGCAGGAUAAGACACCCUCUUUUGACUGAUGACUGAUAUAAGGGAAAUACGUGACAGGCCUGUCUGGCUUAUAUGAUUAUGAUGGUCAUAAUGCUUCCUGACAGUGUCAUAAAGUGUAUUUUCUUCUUCCAAGUAAAGUGACACAGGAUGGUCAUAAUGCUUCCUGACAGUGUCAUAAAGUGUAUUUUCUUCUUCCAAGUAAAGUGACACAGGAUGGUCAUAAUGCUUCCUGACAGUGUCAUAAAGUGUAUUUUCUUCUUCCAAGUAAAGUGACACAGGAUGGUCAUAAUGCUUCCUGACAGUGUCAUAAAGUGUAUUUUCUUCUUCCAAGUAAAGUGACACAGGAUGGUCAUAAUGCUUCCUGACAGUGUCAUAAAGUGUAUUUUCUUCUUCCAAGUAAAGUGACACAGGAUGGUCAUAAUGCUUCCUGACAGUGUCAUAAAGUGUAUUUUCUUCUUCCAAGUAAAGUGACACAGGAUGGUCAUAAUGCUUCCUGACAGUGUCAUAAAGUGUAUUUUCUUCUUCCAAGUAAAGUGACACAGGAUGGUCAUAAUGCUUCCUGA